AUGAAAUUAAUGACCAACAAACAACAAAUGCUUCACAUUGAAGUCCAUCAUCAGCAGUCAUUGCUUCAACAAGCUUUGAAAUUCCUUUUACAUUUAUUUGAAUUCAAUUUAACCCCCCAAAUGUCUCAAUUCCGUUCUCUUGCUUUUCAAAACCAACCAACUAUCAUAACAAACAUCCCUUGGCUGACUUAUAAGUGGAAGAAAGACAAAAAAAAAGAUAAAGAAGCAUUUCAAAUAAUCAAUUAUGUUAGAAUAAUUUAUGCUUCAACUACUUAA